AUGGACAAGCACAAAGCAAUCCAGACCAUUCAAGAGGCAUUAGAGCAAUCACCAGCUUCUGACAAUUCCAGUGAGGAAGAAUUCACAACAGUCUUGAAAUGGCUCGGUGAUAUUUCUAUGACGGUCCUUCAGGGAGCUGUACACUCAAAAGGUCUGACUAAAGUCGAGGGCGAGACCCUGGCACGCUUUCUCGAGUUCUGGGAUGUCAAUAGUAUCAAAGACCAGGUGAUUCCUCUCAUAGAACAGUCAUCCACUUCUUGCAAGCUUGGUUUUGUAAACUGGUUAUUGGCACCCAUCGAUGAGCCGACAACGACGGCAGUUCAGAAACGUCGUUCUCGAGACGGAGACGGAGCGCCUCCUCAACCUCAGCCAGCAAAGUUAUCCCUCGAGACCAAACAGCAUCUCACGAAGCCAUUAUUGUCCAACAUCUGGAGUGACUUUCGACUUAAAGCUCCGCCCUGGCCGAAAGCCCCACCGUCGACAUAUCGCAGUGUAAAGUCAAUUUCACACUGGAGCGUAACAGAAAACCAAGAAGACCGUUCCAGUCGUUUUGUCAACGGUGGCGAUCUAAGGCAGCUGAUCAAUCACACCGUUUCUGCGGGUGCGGUGUCCGAGAGCGAGAUCAAAGACCGACUCUCGAAAGCGGUGCGGACUGCGGACAAGGAGACGUAUGUUCACGCACUGCUUCCUUUCGUCGAGGAAAUCCUGGCCCAAAAGGUGUCUUGCUACAACAACAAGCAUGGCGGCGAAAUCGACACCGAGACCGGCGAGCUCAGUCAGCAGAGUAUGGAGUUCGUGACGCACUUGCUGCUGAAUGACCUCAAGACAUGUGUCGGCAAGGAACCCAGGGGUCAAGUCAAGUGGAGCCAACCUCGGCGUGGCUGCGGCUGUCGCGACUGUCUCGGCGUCGAUGCUUUUCUGGCCAGCCCGACCGAGAGUGUGGGCCGAUUUCCGUGCGCCAAACCCCGCCGGCAGCAUUUGCACCAGCAAUUCAACCGGUCCCCAAACACGCCAUACACGAUUGAGACGACGCAUAACUCCAAUCCGCACGUGUGGCAGAUAACCAAGAAGAAUAAGCAGCUCGAGCGGCAGGCCGUGUGGCGGAAAGACCGGGACGAAGCACGAUCGUGGCUGGCAUGGCUGCAGAACGCCGUCCGAAAUCCCAAUAGACCGUUGAGAGACUAUCUCGGCACCAUGGCCGACGCCAUUCUAGCUGCUGACUAUGACCGUGUUGCUCAGGAGCAUGAAGCGGCCCUUGCUCGUCUCGAUGCCACUGUUGGGGGGGAUGAAGAGCGACGGCAAGACCUCGAUGCCCCUGUUGGUGGUGAUGAAGAGCCGCGGCAAGACGGGUUGUCGUUGUCGUCACCUCGCCGGCCGCUUGUUCCCUCGACUUCGACUUCCAAUGUACCGAGUGGUGGAGAAAGGUCUGGUUCGAAGAGACCAGCAGAUGCCGGCGGCGACGCCCGUGCCAAAAAGUCAAGGACUGGCUCGUCCAAGAGGGGCGAAUCCGAAUCCGAGUUCACCAUGACGGAGAACGGUGCUGUCGAGGUCAUUGACCUUACUUGA